GAUUUUUGAGCGUAUUAAGAAACAUUAUUCUGAGUUAGGGUUCCCAAAUCCUAAAGGGAUAUAUAUUUAUGACACUGAUAAGAAUUUUGAAGAGGGUUUGUAUCUAAUUAAGGAUGAAGAGUCCUGUAGAAAGACUUUACAGUAUAUGAAAAUAGUGAAUGAGAAUAAAAUUGAAUUCUUUAUUGAUGAUGAUGAGAUGCCUCUGCCGGUUAGUUUAGUGCCUAGUAUUUUACCGACUGAAGUGGUGAAUUGUGGUAAUGGUUGUGGAGGUAUUGAACCAGGGGGCAUUAUGAUUAUGAAAUGAUAGAGAUAGAGGAUGAAGCAUGGGGUUCUCGUGAUGGAGGUAUUGAAGGUGCCGAAAUAGAGGCCGAAGAGACUGAAGAAGAUUUAAAUGAAGGGAUAGAGCUUGAAGUGGAUGAUUGGGCUGAAAGCAUAUAUGUAAAUCCUAUGGGAUACGUUAGUGAAGAAGAUGAGCAUCAUCAUGAAAAUCAGGGAGAAGAUAAUAGUAGCAGCGAGUCAGAGGCAUAUGAGCUUAUUGGCAAUCACUUAGAAAAUGCAGAAGGUAGCCAAGGAUAUUUUCAAUUAGGGAUGACAUUUGGUGAUGCAAAAGAAGCAAGAGAAGCAAUAAACUUAUAUGGGGUGAAGUAUAGGUUCAAGUUGAAAUUUGAAAAGAAUGAGCCUUUUAGAAUAAGAGUGAGAUGCAUCAAUAACCCUAAGUGUCCUUUUCUAAUUUAUGUAUCCAAAGAUGGUGACAAUGGCGGGUUGGUUGUGAAAACGUUGCAGAGAAAACAUAGUUGCUUUAGACAGAGUAAAGUACCAAGUGCAAGUCAAGGAUUUUUAGCUAAUUAUUUCAAAAAAAAAAAACAGUGUACAAUAACCCAAAGUUCAGAGCUAAAGACAUGCAAAUGGAGGUUAAGAAACACUUAAAGCUUGAAGUCAGUGAGCACAAAUGUAUGAGAGCAAAGAGAACGAUAAUACAUGAGCUAGAAGGGAGUUUUAGAGAGGAGUUUAAGAUGCUACUUGCAUAUGCUGAGAUGAUUAAGAAAAGCAAUCCUGGAAGCAAAUGUGAGAUUUAAAUGUCAUCAGAAGAUGGUAAGCGCAUUUUUAGAAGAGCCUUUAUAAUGAUGGAUGCUUGCAAGAGGAAUUGGAUGGGUGGUUGUAGACCCAUCAUCUGUUUAGAUGGAUGUCAUUUGAAAGGAGUUUGCCCUGGCAUGCUACUUACAGCAGUAGGAAAAGAUGCAACUGACCAAAUUGUUCCAAUUGCAUGGGCAAUCAUUGGCAAAGAGAACAAAGUGAAUUGGAGGUGGUUUCUCUGUUGGUUGAAGCAAGAGUUGGAGUUAGAUGACGGGGCUCGCCUCACUGUCAUGUCUGAUAUGCAAAAGGGAUUACUUGAUGCGGUCAACAACACGCUUCCUAAUGCAGAGCAUCGAUGGUGUGCUAGACAUAUAUAUGCUAAUUGGUCUAAGAAAUGGAGAGGAGAUGAGCUUAAGAAGAGGUUCUGGAUAUGUGCAUGGAGUACAUUUGAGGAAGAGUUCAAGGCUAAUUUGUCAAGGAUAGGUGAAAUACACAAACAAGCUGCAGAAGGGCUGUUGAAGUAUCCAGUUCACAUGUAA